GUCCUCAAUCCGAGUGCCACGUAACAAGAGCCCUGACUGGCUGCUGCUGACGGAGAAGUUGGCUUCUGCGCUGCGAGCGGUCAGGAUCCGAGGAGGAUUACAUCUGUGCUAUAAACAUUCAGGAAUCCGGGAGGCAUGGGGGGAUCGCAGAGUGUUGAGAUACCCGGCGGAGGUUCCGAGGGUUACCACGUUCUCAGAGUGCAGGAGAAUUCUCCAGGACACAGGGCAGGACUUGAACCAUUCUUUGACUUCAUUGUUUCCAUUAAUAAUACAAGAUUGAAUAAAGACAAUGACACUCUGAAAGAUCUUCUGAAAGCGAAUGUCGAGAAGCCGGUGAAAAUGCUGGUAUACAGCAGCAAGACGCUUGAACUGAGAGAGACCACAGUCACCCCCAGCAACAUGUGGGGUGGGCAGGGCCUGCUCGGAGUCAGCAUACGCUUCUGCAGCUUUGAGGGUGCCAAUGAAAACGUCUGGCAUGUGCUAGAAGUGGAGCCAAAUUCCCCUGCUGCCCUAGCAGGCCUGCGACCUCACACUGAUUAUAUUAUCGGGGCAGACACUGUGAUGAAUGAGUCUGAAGAUCUAUUCUCGCUCAUUGAAUCGCAUGAAGGAAAAGGCCUGAAACUAUACGUAUAUAACACCGACACGGACAAUUGUCGAGAAGUGGUCAUUACACCAAACACAGCGUGGGGUGGAGAGGGAAGCUUAGGCUGUGGCAUUGGCUAUGGCUAUUUACAUAGGAUACCCACACGUCCAUUUGAAGAGGGAAAGAAGAUCAGUUUUCCUGGCCAGAUACCUAGUGCACCUGUCAGUCCACUUAAAGAUGGCUUUACGGAGGUGCAGCUUUCUGCUGUGAGUCCACCCCCUGCUGUGUCCUCCGCUCCUGCUGGAUUGGAGCAGGGAAUGGCAGGCUUGUCCAUCAGUCCGGCUCCCUCUGCUGUUCCAAACGUACUCCAUACAGGAGUCCCAACUGUUCCACUGUUGCCUCCUCAAACCAGUGUCUCCGGGAGUGCAGUGCCAUCAGUUAAUCCAGCUGCCACAUUACCUGGUUUGAUACCCUUACCAGCAGGUCUACAGACGAUACCCAAUUUGUCAAACUUGAAUAUCACUCUACCAAACUUGACUCCAGUGUCCUUACCAGGAGUCUCUGGUGGCAAUCCUCCAACAACAGGAUUUGCACCACUCGCUCAACUGCCACCAAUAAACCUGCCUGGAAUAGCUUCCCUUCCAAUGCCUACUGUAUUUCCGACUCAGUUGCCCCUGGUCCCAGGUGUAACACCCCUUCCCUCUGACUUCAUCCCCCCUAUGGUUUCUAUUUCUGCUACUGCAGCAGCCACAGUAGAACAAACUCCAGCCCUCAUCUUGGACGCAACCUCAGUUUCCAAGACCCCAGUUAGUGCAGCAAUGACAGAGACAUCGGUAACCAGUGAAAUGCACUCUUCUGAGACUACAGACGCACAAGUUUCUUCUGAGUCCUCCUAACGAUAAGCGCCACACAGGGCCGGGUUGUGUUUAUUUAUUUAGCCACAAGCGAGAUCCUGAAACUCUCAAGAUUGUACAGUGUAAGAGCAGCCAGAUGGGAUUUGGAUUCAUCUCAUAAAUUGUGGAGAGAGUAAGAAUGGCUAAGAUCCAAAAGGUAAAAUGAAAGAUAAUGAAUGCACAAGUAUGUUCAAGGAAGCCUCCAGCAUAUGUUCCUAUACAGCAUAGAUGUAGGUAUAUAUUUCCUCACAGAUUUAUUUUAAUUUUAUCUUUUCCAUUCUACCCCUAAGACUGUUCCAUUCUUUAACAAUAUUUUGGUGAAAGAUUGCUGUCUGGUGGUAAUAUACACAUUUAUUUUGUUCAAAUGGAUCGUAAAAGUUUUAUUGCUUUUUUGCUUUUCCAACAUGGUUUUUAUUAUUUGGCAUGUACAUCAUGUAUCUCCAUGUACAGUUCAAUUUCAGUCUGUCUUUUUAUUCAAUAAAAACAAGACCAUCGUUUCCUGUAGCUGCUGUGUUUCAGCAAUCCAGUGUGAAUUGGUUUGGAAGAGUAGAAAACGAAACAAAACUGCUGUAUAGGUUGAAGCCAGAAGGUGGCACUGUAAGGCUACCGGUCAUAAAAAUAAAAAAAUGUUCACAUACUCAAGCAAUAAAAUAAUGGAAUUUUACAUUGUA